CUUAUCGAGAGGGUCGGGAUGGGGAUGACGUCAGCGGCGACGGGCCCCGUGCUGGUUGCCCCAAAGGCCCGGGCCCAGAAAAUGACGGUGGAGGAUGACCCGGAGGCCUACCUUGUAGCCUUUGAACGGUUGGCUACCACUGCAGCAUGGCCCCGGGAGUACUGGGCGAGCCAACUUGGUCCCUGCUUGAUCGGGGAAGCACAAGCAGCGUACCGGGCCAUGACUGACGACGAUGCCGCCCAGUAUGACCUGGUUAAGCAGGCUAUCCUCCGCCGUCUCAAUAUCACGGGGGAGACUCAUCGGGUCAGAUUCCGGGAGUUCCGGCGACCCCCCAACACCCGGCCCAGGGUGGUAGCCCAGCAAUUAUGCGACCACAUGGCGCAAUGGCUGAACCCCAGUCAGAAAACCGGGAUUCAGAUGGGGGAGGCCAUUGUGAUGGAACAAUUCUGCCAUGUGGUCGGGGCUGAGACGCAGGCAUGGGUACGCCGGCAUAACCCCACGACGCUGGAGCAGGCCGUGGCGUUAGCCGAAAACUAUGAGGACUCCCUGGUGUCCGCCCGAACCACCCUGCUGGACUGCCCCCCUCCCUCCGCUGCCAAAGGACCGCCGUCGAACCCUUUUCCCGGACCCAGGGCCGUCAGAUCACCGGCCCCGUCGGGCCACCCGGCCCCCUUACAAUGGAGGCAGAGGUUGGCCCCCAGCUGGGGUAGAAUGGUUCCCCCUGCCCCGCUGUCAUACCAGCAGCGGGACAAAUAUGUACCGCCUUUACCCUCUGCCCCACCCGUCUGUUUUAGGUGCCAGCAGCCGGGACACAUUGCCAGAUACUGCCCGGCGGCCAUGGAGUGCGACGUGGCUGCGUGUCACCUGGCGUCUGAGACAGAUCUCCCUUCCGACCGGUGAGGGCACUGGGGAGGAGGAGCAGGCAGAGCCGCGGUGCGCAACGUCACAGACCCGGUCGGGAAGCGCAGUGGCAAUCACGCAUUGGCUGACGGCGGUUGCCCUCGCUGACCAAUGGGGACGGGACGGGGCGUACAAAAGGGGGCGUGGCCCGGGGUUCUGUUCCUUCU